AUUCAAGGACUGGGAGGUGGAUAAAGGCCUCGGUGAGAGGAACAUCUUGUGCUCUGCUCUGUCCCCCCGAGUAGCCAGCCUCUCCUCCUCCGCCUUGGUGCCACCUAGCAAAGAUGCCACCCAAGAAGCCUGAACCCAAGAAAGCCGAACCCAAGAAAGCCGAACCCAAGAAAGAAGAGGCCAAGGUGGCCCCACCACCAGAGCCGGAGCCCCGCAAGGAAGUUGAAUUUAACCCGGCCAACAUCAAACUUGAAUUUAAUAAUGAACAGCUUGAAGAAUUUAAAGAAAUCUUCCAGAUCUUUGACAGAACUCCUAAGUCUGAGAUGAAAAUCACCUAUGCGCAGUGCGGAGACGUCUUGAGGGCUUGUGGGCAGAAUCCCACCCAGGCAGAAGUCCUCAAGGUCCUUGGCCGGCCUAAACCAGAUGAAAUGAACACCAAGAUGUUGGACUUUGACACCUUCCUGCCCAUGCUCCAACAUAUCGCCAAGACCAAAGACACUGGCACGUUUGAGGAUUUCGUGGAAGGCCUACGGGUGUUUGACAAGGAAGGAAAUGGCACCGUCAUGGGGGCUGAACUCCGCCAUGUUUUGGCUACUCUUGGGGAGAGGCUGACUGAAGAGGAAGUUGAUAAGCUAAUGGCUGGCCAGGAAGACUCCAAUGGUUGCAUCAAUUAUGAAGCAUUUGUGAAGCACAUCAUGGCAAGCUGAAUGCCAGGAUAUAACUGGAACUGGGCACUAAGCUUGGAUGUCAGCAGCGUGGAAUUUAUCUGCCACGUCCAGUCAGGAUUGAUGCUCAGAUUUCCUCAAAUGUAUUGUGUUUGUUUCUGUCACUCUGGAAUGGAUAUUUGCCUCCGCCUCUCCACCUCGCUCCCUGAUCCUCCUGUCUUCUGCCAUUCUGCUCCCUCUGCUUGGAACAGCCACCUCUCUCUUUGCCUCUCCUCAACUGCUCUCUGUUCACCUUAGAGCCACCCCGACAGCCACCUGACUCCACUCCAUCUUCAUUCAGGAGAAAAACAACACACACACACACACACACACACACACACACACACACACACACACAUCCCCACACAUUCUAGUGUACUCACCAGGGAUUGGAAGGGGUGAUGCUGCAGCUAUCAACGUAUCUGGACAUUAAUGACUAAUCUUUUCCCAUUCUUGCAGGCUGACACUCCAAUACAAAAUACUAAACCUAUAUAUAUUUGGUUGCAGAGUUUCUAUGGCUGGAGCUACACAACUGAGCCAAUAGCACCCAAAGUGGCACCUUUGGAUCUCCUCCACUCCCUUUCCCUUUUUCAUCAAACACAUGGCAUGCCACCAUCAUGAUGCAAGUUCCCCUGAGCAUGUUCCGCUUCAUUGAUUGCCACUUGCUGGGGCAGGGAAAUUCGCCAUGCAAUGAUAUCAUGUCAUGGAUUUUGCACCACCGAAUAGUACUGGUGGGAAGCAGAGCAGACCAGGAGGGCUGUUUUCAGCUAGUGCCAGUCUAUGCCAGUCUGUGUUGUUACAACCUCUCUGAAACAUCCUUUGCUGAUGGAACAAGUCCUUAGAGCAAACUAGAAGGAUACAGGUGGACCUCAUUACACGCAGCCUCGGCAGCCGCGGUUUCGGGUAUCUGAGGUUGAGCCAUGUGCACCCAGCUUCAGAGUAUACACGCUUGGAAAAAGGGUUAAUUUUCAUGCAUCCACAGUUUUAAGAUGUCUGAAAAUGACCUCCGAGGUCAUUUCCAGCCACCAUUUUGAUGAAAGGAACCAUUUUGUGGCUCAUCUGUAAAAAAACAUUUCCCCGUGAUUUUUUGUGGAAAAUGGCAGAAUUGGGGCGUUUGGAGGGCAUUGCUGGACAUCGGGAGAACUGCAGAGCAAGGCAGGGCACUUUGUUUCUCUCAUUUCUGUUUAGUCAUUUUAAGUCAUUUUUAAGCCUCCAGGAACCUAAGGCCCUCCCUCGCCCACUGAUUCCCAUUGCCUCAGUGCCUCUUUAUCUGCGAUUCCGUUAUCCACAGUGGUAGCCGAGAACAGAACCCCUGCGGAUAGCGAGGUCCACCUGUAUCCAGAAAGAACCCGAGGAUCAGGCUAAAGGUUGUCCUUGCAUUUCCUGCCCAGACAAGAUGUUUCCUAUAGGAUGAAGCCAUAUUGAUUGUAGCAUUUCUCAUUAAACAAAUCUUUUUCUCAA